AUGGCUCAGAUAGACCUCGACACCGUCGUCAUUGGUGGCGGAUUCGGUGGCUGCAAUGCGCUCUAUCGACUGCGCCAGAUGGGCCUGCGCGUCAAACUCAUCGAGGCUGGCGCUGGCUUCGGGGGCGUCUGGCACUGGAACCGCUAUCCCGGGGCGCGCGUCGACAGCGAGAUGCCCUUCUACCAGUUCAACGUCCCCGCCGUGUGGAAGGAUUGGCACUGGACUGAGCGCUUCCCUGGUCAUGACGAGCUACGCCGAUACUUCGAGCACGUCGACCGCGUGCUGCAGCUGAGUCCGGAUACCUAUUUCCAUACCGUUGUGCGGCGCUGCGUCUACCACACGGACACUGCGCGCUGGGCCGUCGAGACCGAGGAUGGCCGGCGGUUCACCUGCCGGUUUCUUGUGGCAGCCACUGGAUCAUCGCACAAGAAGUACCUCCCCACCUAUCCGGGGCUGGAUCAGUUCCGCGGCCAGGUGGUGCACUCGGCGGCGUAUCCGGAGACGCUGGACGUGACGCGCCGGACGGUGGGCCUGGUUGGCAAUGGUGCCUCGGGGCUGCAGAUCGUGCAGGAUUUGGCCAAAAAGGACUGCCAGCUGCAUGUCUUUGUGCGUACGCCAGCCCUGGGCCUCCCGAUGCAGCAGCGGCGCAUCACCCGUGACGAGGCGGACAUGAUGAAGGGAUACCUCAACGCUCUCUUCGACCGCUGCUACGCCUCCAACACGGGCUUCCCUCACAAUAUACGCGAUGAGACGACGCUGUCAGCCCCCGCGGACGAGCGACAAGCACUCUUUGACGAGCUCUGGCAGCGUGGUGGCUACAGCUUCUUGUUGUCUAACUACAACGACUUCCUCCUCGACGAGAAGGCCAAUUCUAUCUUCUACGACUACUGGGUGCGCCAGGUGCGCAUCCGCAUGACGGACCCGACCAAAAUGGAGAUCGUGGCGCCACUGAGGCAACUGCAUUGGCUGGGAGCCAAACGGCCCAGUCUCGAGCAGGAUUACUACGAGAUGAUCGACCGGCCCAAUGUCACGCUGCAUGACCUCAAGAAGAGUCCCAUCACCGAAUUCGACGCCCGAGGUGCCGUGAUGGCCGAUGGCACGCAUGUUGACCUCGACGUGGUCAUCUUCGCCACUGGGUACGACGCAGUCACUGGUAGUCUGCUGGAUCUGGGCAUUGAGGACGCGCACCAGGUGCCAUUGCGUCUGAAGUGGGUGGAUGGCAUUCGCACGCAUCUGGGACUGAUGGUGCCGGACGCACCCAAUCUCUUCCUCGUCUAUGGCCCACAGGCGCCCACCUCACUUGCCAAUGGACCGCCAUUCAUCGAGAUGGAGGUGGACUGGAUCUGUCGGGCAAUUGCGCGGAUGCUAGAGGAAGACGUCACGGCAAUGGCGCCCACAAAGGAGGCGGCAGAGCUGUGGCAGCAGGAGGUGCACGCCGUCAGCCAGAAGACACUAUACGCGCAGACAAACUCGUGGUAUAUGGGCAGUAAUAUUCCCGGGAAAAGACGUGAGCCGUUAAUCUAUCUGGGGGGAAUGCAGCGGUGGUGGAAGCAUUGCAAGGAGGCGCUGGGAGGGUGGGAGCUGUACACCAAGUAUUAG